AUGGAGCAGAAUAUCAGAAAAGACACGACUAGUACCCUGCCACGUCAUCACUUAUUGCAGUGGCUGGACAAACAAGAACCAAACUCAGUGAUACUUGUUUCAUUUGGAUCUGCAGCUUCAUUUACUGAUGAACAAAUAAGAGAACUGGCACUUGGUCUUGAACAAAGUCAACAAAAGUUCAUUUGGAUACUGAAAGAAGCAGACAGAGCAAAUGUCUUUAUCAUCAAUGGCAGUAGUACUCGGACCUUUGCUUUACCAGAAGGGUAUGAGGAAAGAGUUGAAGGAAGAGGAAUCGUAGAGCGGGGAUGGGGCCCACAACUAGAGGUGUUAGGACACGCGUCAACUGGAGAUUACUUGUGUCAUUGUGAAUGGAACUCUGUAAUGGAGAGCAUUUCAAUGGGAGUUCCAAUUGCUGCAUGGCCAUUGCAUACAGACCACCCGAGGACCGCUUUGUUAUUGAUCAAAGGUUUGAAAAUAGGGAUUUACGUUAGAGAUUGGGCGCGUAGAAAUGAGUUGGUGAAAGCAGAAACAAUUCAUAAUGCUGUAAAGACUUUUGAUGGAUUCGCCGGAAGGUGA